CAGGUUGAGACGCAUCCUGGAGCCAAGUGAAGUUAGCGGCUUUGAAUGUAUCCUGUCAUCCGGCAUAUUUGAAACUUCACUUUAAACAUUCCAACUGGAUACUAGGAUGACAGAACGGGUGAAUAACUUUCCUCCACUGCCAAAGUUCCUGCGUCUAAAGCCUUGUUUCUAUCAGAAUGUGGAUGAGGAAAUUCCUGCGCCUCACCGUCAGUUAGUCCGCAGAGUUUACUACCUGUGGAUGUUGUAUUCUGUCACGCUCUGUGUUAACGUGAUCUCCUGCAUAGCCUGGUGGGCGGGAGGGGGAAACGCUGUUAAUUUCGGCUUCUCUCUCCUUUGGCUUGUGCUCUUCUGCCCCUGCAGUUACACAUGCUGGUUCAGACCUCUUUACAAGGCCUUCCGGGCCGACAGCUCCUUCAACUUCAUGGCUUUCUUCUUCGUCUUCUUCCUGCAAUGCAUCCUCUCUCUCAUCCAGGCGAUCGGGAUAUCUGGUUGGGGAGUCUGUGGUUGGAUCGCCACAGUUUUGUUCUUUAGCACCAAUGUGGGAUCCGCCGUCGUUAUGCUUAUCUCUGCUCUGCUCUUCACUCUGAAUACACUGCUUAUGAUACUUGUCCUAUACAGGGUUCAUCGACUGUACCGUGGGGGUGGUGGCAGUUUGGAGCGUGCACAGGAAGAAUGGAGCUCUGGGGCAUGGAAGAGCGCCACUGUAAGAGAGGCAGGAUUUAACGCCAUUGCAGAGAGUGGACCAAGCCUGCCUCAGUACCCUGCUGCUGUGCCAAGCUACCCCGAGAACAGGCCGUGGUAAUACCCGUACUCAACAGUAGAUGGAGGCAGAGCGCAACUUUUUUUUUUCUCUUUCUGCACGAAAAGGAUAGUCCGUAGACAAUGGACUCCACCCUGAUAGAGGAACAUUUGGAAGAUCAGCUGAGAUUUGGACAAAUCAUUUCCGUCACAGACACCAUUUGAAUGAAUUUGAGUGGUAAACUUGUUGCCUAAUGAUUCAAAAGGAAAAAAAAAAGUCUGAUUUUUUUUUUUUAGAUUACUCCUUCCACAACAUUUUUUUAACAAUUAAUUUAAUACAAGUGCAGACCAAAAAUUUAAGUUUUGAACAGUUGUAGGUGUUAAUUUCAUACAUUUAAGCAAUUGUGGAGCAAUUUCUUAAGGUAUG